UGUCCCACCUUCGUAAUUGUUAAUUGAAGUUGCAAAAAACUUUGUUUUCUCUUCAAUCUGCUUUGUUUGUCACUUUGUGUCUGAAAAUAGUUUUUUAAACUCAAGUCACAUUCAACAACAAGAAAAGCAAUGCUCAACAACUAAUAAACUCAAAGUUUCCAACCUAGCCACACCAACUACACACUAUUUUCCUUCAUGCUUCCCUCUAUUUCGGCACCUUUAUCUCUUCUCCUCUUUACCCAUUUCUCAAUUUUAUUUGCUUCAAUCUUCCAUCCCAAAUGGAUCCUCCCUGUUUCUUCACCUUCAAACCAUUUCUUCAUCAAUGUGUUUUUGUCUUUAUCAUCAUCUUCUUCACCUUAGCCCACCAGACAGUCUCUGAUAAAUCAAAAUUUGAGGCGUGUGAACCGAAAACUUGUGGCAGUAACCUUACAAUACGGUACCCUUUUUGGAUUUCUGGAGAACAAGAAUCUUACUGUGGCUCCCCUAAUUUUGAGAUCACCUGCAAUGACCAGAAACCUGUACUCAACAUUUCAUAUGGAGAUUAUAUCAUCAAAGAUAUCUUCUAUGAAAACAGUUCUCUUCGUCUGGCAAACUCUGCAGCCUAUGAGAACUCAUGUCCAACUCCUUUUUACAAUCUUACUCUUACUCGUACUCCAUUCAAUUUUGUUCCUAGUGAUACAGAUCUUUUCUUCUGGUACAAUUGCUCCGAUAAGCCUCCUGAGGAUGGUACAUAUUCUAUAAGUUGUGGUAAGAAGUAUUCACACUACUAUUCUUUUGCUGCUUUUCACAAGGAAAUGCUUGUGAAUUAUUCUCUUGAGUCGUGCCAGUCUUCUGUUUACGCACCUCUGAAUGUAGAAACCGGCGCCAAUUUGUGGCAGAUGAAUUAUACUGAAAUUUUGAAGAUCGGGUUCGUCUUGAAUUGGACUGCACUUAGUUGCAGCAAUUGUGAGGCAAGUGGCAAUCCUGUUAAUUGGAAAGGGAAGCUUGGUAUAGGUAAUACAGAUUUAUAUACUGUUUUUACUGUUCAAAAUAUCAAAAUUUCAUCAGAUUUACAAUUCAGAAGUUUCUUAUUUUUCUUACUUCCCUGAACAGGUUUCGGCGCAGCUUUCGUAGGCAUGGGUUUAAUGGCUGUUGCUUGCCUUUUCUAUGUUCGUCGCAAUAAAAAGAAACAAGCUCCCUCAUCCUAUGUGUCCCGCAGCGUUUAUUCUAAUUCCUCUUCUGUAGCAGAUCUUGAGAAGGGAGAUGACUUCCCUGGAGUUCAGCUCUUCACCUAUAAUGAACUUGAAGAGGCCACUAAUAAUUUUGAUUCUACUAAAGAGCUUGGUGAUGGAGGCUUUGGCACUGUAUAUUAUGGCAAACUCCAAGAUGGGCGUUCUGUAGCAGUCAAGCGUUUGUAUGAAAGCAAUUACAAGAGAGUUGAACAAUUCAUGAAUGAAGUUGAGAUCCUAGCCCGGUUGCGCCACCAAAAUCUUGUCUCUCUCUACGGGUGUACCUCUCGCCACAGCCGUGAAUUAUUGCUUGUAUAUGAUUACAUCCCCAAUGGCACCGUUGCUGAUCAUGUACAUGGUCCCCGUGCCAAACCGGGUGCACUCCCUUGGCCUACUAGACUGAAAAUUGCCAUAGAGACUGCAAGUGCAUUGACAUAUCUCCAUGCUUCUGAUAUCAUCCACCGUGAUGUGAAAACCAACAACAUUCUUCUUGACAACAAUUUCUGUGUCAAGGUUGCAGAUUUUGGCCUUUCGCGUCUCUUCCCAACCAAUGUCACCCACGUUUCGACUGCUCCACAAGGCACUCCUGGUUAUGUUGAUCCAGAAUAUCACCAAUGCUACCAGCUUACGGACAAGAGUGACGUGUUCAGCUUUGGAGUAGUCUUGGUUGAGCUGAUUUCAUCCAAACCAGCAGUUGACAUCACUAGACAUCGACAUGAGAUUAACUUAUCGAAUAUGGCAAUCAACAAGAUCCAAAACAAGGCAUUGCACGAGCUUGUCGACCCAACUCUCGGGUUUGAUUCAGACUACAAAGUGAGAAAAAUGAUAAAUGCAGUAGCAGAGUUAGCAUUUCAGUGCCUGCAAGGUGAGAAGGAGAUGAGACCAUCUAUGGCCGAUGUCUUGGAGACUCUAAAGGGUAUAAAGAGUGAUGGAUACUAUAAAGAAAAAGCAGAGGAGAUGGACAUUCCAUCAGAUGAUAUUGGAUUGUUGCAGAGUGGUUCAUUAUUAGUUUCCCCAGAUUCUGUGACAAUCAAAUGGACCAGCUCAAAAACAACACCUAAUACCAGUACUUAAUAUAAGUUUCUUUAUUCUUCCCAUUUCACUACAUUUUGGCUGGUUUCUUGA